CAGGGAUAUUUUUAUUCACAUUUCGCUGAAGCUAUAAUGCGCGUUGAAAGCGCCUCGUGUUCUUACUCGUCUCUGUUUAUCAAUCAAUUGAUGGAUUACAGUCCGGAAGUGACGUCAGUGCCGUCAGUCAAAGUAAAAAAAUAAAAGACAACUCUGGAAUUACAUGUUAACGUGACGGCUGAAGCCAGCGGAUUGUGUUGAGAGUAUACACCGAUAAUAGGCCGAUAUUAUUUAUUUACUUGCAUUUUGUCGUUUAUUAUAUUCGUCCCACGUGAAAAUGAGCGCCUCCCUCCUCCCGAAGAAAUCCUGAAAUCCGCUGGCUCUUCCUCCAGAGCUUCUGUAACCCAGCCCAGAGCAAAUACGAAAAAAAAAGAAGAAAAAAAAAACCUUGUGUAGUCAUCGAGUAAAUUGACUAUAUAAGUCAUGCACGGGGAAAGGGAAAGUUUGCGCUGCUCGGGUCCAUGUUUGUUGUGUGGAAUUACUUCUACGUGGUUAAGCAGUGAAGCGCCUCCCAGUGCCUCGGUCACAGAUCUUGAAGCCCAGCGCAUAUAUGCACAAUGUAUUUUGGGUUGAGCGCGAUCCUAUAGCUGAGGAGGGUCCUUCCACAUGCCCACAGGGCCCCCUCCACCUCCACCUUCCUUCCCUUCUUUACACAUCUCCUCCUGAAUGGAUGCGAUGCCGGAACAUGCGAAAACAUUUGGGCAGAAACUCGGUUCCGUCGCUGGAUUCUAAUUUGAUGUUGUUUUGGGAAUUAUCUAAUCUCCCCAUUUCUGUCAGGAAAGAAUUUACGCAGACUGGGCCUAUUUAUUUAAACUGAAAAUUGCCCAAUAAAAGUAAGCGGACACAUAAAACAGUUCGAUUAUUAGAUGUUUGAUCAAGCCACGAGUAUGGGCGAUGGAAUAGCCGAGGAUCGAAACCACUGUGGAUCCAACGCAUUGUGUCGUGAGCGCGGGAGAGACUCGAAGAGCCGGACUGAAGUGGGGAACCGGUCACCUGUGCAGAGCUCUACCGACACACCGGGGACCUCGGCGUCCACACCGACCUCAUCCAGCGAGGAUGGACACGAUAAACUUUUAGGAGUCGAUCCGGACUACUGUCGAAGGAUUCUGGUCAGAGACGCCAAGGGCACUAUCCGGGAGAUCGUGCUGCCGAAAGGCCUGGAUCUGGACCGGCCGAAGCGCACGCGCACGUCCUUCACGGCGGAGCAGCUCUACCGGCUCGAGCUCGAGUUCACGCGCUGUCAGUACGUGGUCGGGCGCGAGCGCACGGAGCUCGCGAGACAGCUCAAUCUGUCGGAAACACAGGUAAAAGUGUGGUUUCAAAACCGCCGCACCAAACAGAAGAAGGACCAGACCAAGGACACGGACAAGCGCUCGUCGUCCACUUCCGAAUCCCUCGCCACGUGCAACAUCCUACGUCUCCUGGAGCAAGGCCGCCUCCUGUCUCCCCCAAACCCUUUGCUGGCUCACACGCACCCCGGCAAUGGCUCUCUACUGGCCAGCCCGUCCGUGUCCACCUCCUCGGGGGUGAGUAGCACCACCACGGCUCCCGGGUCGGGCAACGGUGGGACGUUCGGACUGUCGCUGUCUUCUUUAGGUGGGACUCCACCUUCACCUCGUCUGGGAGUGCCACCACCCUCACUUUGCUUUACCAUGCCUCUCCUGGGCGGCACCCAUCACGAACUCCCAUCGGGAUACGGGUGCGGAUCCUCAGCGUUCGAGCCCUACAUGAGGAUUGAGCGGAAGGAAGGUGAGUUAGGCGGGAAGAAGACGGUUUCCUAAAAGCGUUCGCCUACCUACUGGUACCUUCCCCAACUCAACCUGUCUCAGGGGUCUCACCUGUGCCGCGAACAGCCGGUCGGAUGGAGCCGAGGUUUGCAAACUGACAGAAAGAGAUGGAACGACGCAGUGGCCUCUCUAGCGCUAGUGCCUACAACCAAAUUUAGGCCAGUCGGACUCCAUCAUUCGGUAAGGAGGAGCGUUUGGGAUGAAGCCUGUAAUUAAGCAUCGCUGUGUUCGGUGAAUUUUGUCGUCCACAGGUUUAUUUUCAUUUUUGCAUUACAUGUGUGGUGACGAAAGCCUCAGACCUAUAAGGCCCUUUCACACCAAGAACGAAAACUAUUGCGAUAGCUAUAUUAGCGUCCGCACGAUUACGAUCUGUUUAUUAUAAACGCGUUGCAGUUUUGUCGUCUGCCGCUUUAAAUGCUCGAGCUUUAUAAGGCAGGGUGGAAUCUGAUUGGCUGUCAAUGUUUUUAUGAAUCAGUCUGGAAGUGAUUCCAACAAUAUCGCUUUCCUUUGCCGAAAUUGCUAUAGUUAUGGUGUGUGCCAUGCUAUUCUUUUAUAUUUAUAAUGAUUUUAAAACUAUCAUUAUAGUUAUCAUUCUUAGUGUGAACUGGCCUUUUUUGUUUGUGAAUGAUGGAAAACUCUGUAAAUGUAACUGUAACUAAGGCAAAAUUAUUUCGAAGGUUUGUUUCCAAAUGGGUGUUUUAAAAAAAAAAAAAA